GGCUCGACGCAACCCGAUCUCUGUACCCACCCACUCCCCGCCUUUUGUUUCAGUUCUUUCUUGUGCGAGUCUUCCUGGUUGCGAAGAGCCAGAGAAUCGCUCGAUCCAUUCGGCUACAAGCAGAGAGAGUUUCUGGUCCGGUCUCUGAUGUUGCAUUUCUGAUACCUUCAUGCUUCCAGGAUGCAUAUAAAGCAGGUUAUCAUCGAAGGUUUUAAGAGUUACAAGGAGGAGGUCUCUACCGAGCCCUUCAGCCCCAGAGUUAACUGCGUUGUGGGCGCUAAUGGUUCUGGAAAGACAAACUUCUUUCAUGCUAUUCGGUUUGUCUUAAGUGAUCUCUUUCAGAACUUGCGCAGUGAUGAUAGACAUGCUCUUCUCCAUGAAGGCGCUGGUCAUCAAGUGGUGUCUGCUUUUGUUGAGAUAGUUUUUGACAAUUCUGACAACCGCAUCCCUGUUGAUAGAGAGGAGGUGCGAUUGCGACGGACAAUAAGUCUUAAAAAGGAUGAAUAUUUUUUGGACGGGAAGCAUAUCACUAAGACUGAAGUAAUGAAUUUGCUUGAGAGUGCUGGUUUCUCUCGCUCAAACCCAUACUAUGUUGUUCAACAAGGGAAGAUUGCUUCGCUUACAUUAAUGAAGGAUUCAGAACGCCUUGAUCUACUGAAGGAGAUUGGUGGGACUCGUGUGUAUGAGGAGAGAAGACGUGAGAGCUUGAAGAUUAUGCAAGAAACCGGCAACAAGAGGAAACAAAUUGAUCAAGUUGUUCAGUAUUUGGAGGAGAGAUUAAGAGAACUUGAUGAAGAAAAGGAAGAGCUUAAAAAAUAUCAGCAGCUUGAUAAGCAACGAAGAUCACUAGAAUAUACUAUUUAUGAUAAAGAACUUAGUGGUGUCAGGCAGAAGCUGGGUGAGAUUGAGGAAUCAAGAAACAAAGUCUCUGAGAAGUCAUCUAAUAUGCACAAUCGUGUGCUAGAAGCUCAUGAAAACCUUAAAUUAUUGGAGAAACAAUCCAAGAUUUUGACAAAAGAAUUGCAAAGUUUGAACAAAGAGAAAGAAGAGAUAGAGAAAAAGCGAACUGAAGCUUUAAAGAUGCACACACAAAUUGAACUUGAUCUAAGGGAUGUAGAAGAGAGACUUGCUAGUGAUAUUCGUUCAAAGGAAGAAGCUGCAAGACAGUUGGAGAGUCUACGGAAGGAGAUUCAGGAGUCUCGAGAUGAGCUGAAUACAAUCAGGCCCUUACACCAGUCAAAAGUAGCCGAAGAGGAGGAGAUUACCAAAGGUAUAAUGGAGCGUGAGAAGCAGUUGAGUAUUUUGUACCAGAAACAAGGACGGGCUACACAGUUUGCUAAUAAAGCUGCUCGUGAUAAAUGGCUUCAGAGAGAGAUUGAUGAUCUUGAUCGUGUGCUAUCAUCAAAUGUGUCACAGGAGAAAACACUUCAGGAUGAAAUAGAACAACUUAAGGAGGAGGAAAGAAAGUUAGAGACAUAUAUAAGGAAACGUAAAGUGGAAUCUGAAAAGCAAGAACUAUUGAUAACCAACUUACAAGAUGAUUCUGAUCAUUUGUGUAAACAGAGAGAUGAGUUGCAAGAUUUGAGGAAAUCCUUGUGGAGUGAAGAAGCAAAUCUCUCAGCUGAAAUUGAUAAACUUAAAUCUGAACUUAUAAAGGCACAGAAGAGCCUUGACCAUGCUACACCUGGUGAUAUCAGAAGGGGAUUGAAUUCUGUGAAUAGGAUUAUUAAAGAUCACAAUAUUAAAGGAGUUUUUGGGCCAAUAUUGGAGUUGGUUGAAUGUGACUCCAAAUUCUUUACUGCUGUUGAAGUCACUGCUGGAAAUAGCCUAUUUCAUGUGGUGGUUGAGACAGAUGACAUAUCAACAAGGAUUAUAAGAUACCUAACUUCAGAGAAAGGUGGAAGAAUAACUUUUAUACCACUAAACAGGGUGAAAGUUCCACAUAUAACCUAUCCACAAAGUUCUGAUGUUGUACCACUAUUGAAAAAAUUGAAAUUCCGAUCUGAUUGUGCUUCUGCUGUAGAACAGGUAUUUGGAAGGACUGUAAUAUGUCGCGAUUUGGAUGUGGCUACAAAUGUUGCUCGAAAUAAUAGUCUUGAUUGCAUCACAUUAGAAGGUGACCAAGUAAACAAGAAAGGUGGUAUGACUGGAGGAUUCUAUGAUUUCAGACGUUCAAAGCUAAAAUUCUUUGACACAGUUCGGCAGAACAAGAUGUCUAUUCACUCUAAAACUUUAGAGAUGGAUGAAAUUGGGAAAAAACUGAAAGAGAUUGACCAGGAAAUUACCAAAUUGGUUAGCGAACAACAAAAAAUAAAUGCUCACCAUGGUCAUGUCAAGUCAGAGUUGAAGCAACUACAAAGUGACAUUGCUAAUGUUACUAAGCAGAAGCAGUCAAUCUGUAAAGCUGUUGAAAAGAAGGAAAAAUUACUUGCGAAUGCCCAUAACCAAAUUGUUCAGAUACGAGCUAGUAUCUCAAUGAAACAAGCUGAAAUGGGCACUGAGCUCAUUGAUCAACUAACACCAGAAGAAAGAGAUCUUCUUUCAAGAUUAAACCCUGAAAUAACAGAAUUGAAAGAGAGGCUACUGGCUUGUAAAAAUAACAGAAUAGAGAUUGAGACCCGAAAGGAGGAAUUGGAAACAAAUUUGUCAACAAACCUUGUAAGAAGACUGCAAGAGUUGGAGGGCAUAAUUUUAUCCGCAGAUUCUGACACUUUGCCUAAGGAAGCUGAAUUGAAGAGGCUGGAGCUAAAGAAUUCAGAAGUUUCUAUUGAUAAGCUGUACAAGCAACUUGAAGGUGUUUUGAAAAACAUCGAUAAUGUCACACAGAAGAUGUUGGAGAUUAAAACUUCAAAAGAAAACCGAAAGAUGCUCGAGGAAAAAUAUGAGCGCACACUUCAAGAUGAAGCUAAGGAGUUGGAACAACUUUUGAGCAAAAGGAAUAUCCUUGUGUCAAAACAAGAGGAUUUCAUGAAGAAAAUCCGGGAUUUAGGUUCAUUGCCAUCUGAUGCCUUUGACACAUAUAAGAAGAAAAACAUCAAAGAAUUGCAGAAAUUGCUUCAUGCGUGUAAUGAACAAUUAAAGCAGCUUAGCCAUGUCAACAAGAAGGCACUUGACCAGUAUAUAAACUUCACAGAGCAACGUGAACAACUACAGAAUAGACGAGCUGAACUUGAUGCUGGUGAUCAGAAAAUUCGGGAGCUAAUUGCAGUGCUGGAUCAGCGAAAGGAUGAAUCAAUAGAGAGGACAUUCAAAGGUGUAGCAAGACAUUUUAGAGAAGUUUUUUCUGAGCUGGUGCAAGGUGGCCAUGGAUACUUGGUUAUGAUGAAAAAAAAGGAUGGUGAUCCUGGUGACGAUGAUGUUGGUGAGGAUGGACCUGAUCCAGAGGGGCGAGUAGAGAAAUAUAUUGGUGUCAAAGUGAAGGUUUCCUUCACUGGCCAAGGCGAGACCCAGUCUAUGAAGCAACUUUCUGGUGGUCAGAAAACUGUAGUUGCUUUGACAUUAAUCUUUGCCAUCCAGCGGUGUGAUCCUGCUCCAUUUUAUUUGUUUGAUGAGAUUGACGCAGCAUUAGAUCCACAAUACAGAACUUCCGUUGGAAAUAUGAUACAACGUCUUUCUCACAAUGCAAGCACUCAGUUUAUAACUACCACAUUCCGUCCAGAGCUCGUGAAAGUUGCUGACAAGAUCUACGGUGUCACACACAAGAACAGAGUCAGCCAUGUUAACGUGGUCACAAAGGACGAGGCUCUUGAUUUUAUUGAGCAAGACCAAACUCAAAAUCCCGAGUGAAGUAUUGCGAUAUGAUGGGAGCAAAGCCACAAGCUCAACUAAUCUAAAAUAGUGGAACCAAAUUAAAUGCAUUAAUUAGGAAACAUGUAUCAGAUGCAGUCAGCCCCAUUUACCUAGGCCUAGAUGUUUGUUGUACUUGUAUGAAUGUCAAGUGUCACACAGCUAACUAACUUCUGCUACCAUAUACUUAAGCUGUUACACAACUUGAGUCUCGUAAAACUCUGCGACAGACCGAGAUUCUUAUAUCUGUGCAUUGUUGAUGGUCGGUGGUAAAUUGCCGGUUUCCUUAAGCUGCCUGAGUGAUUUCUUAUUCGAACAAGAUUUCCACUAGUGUUUGGUCUUUACUGAAGGCUUGAGGUUCCGGAUCAUGUAGCAAAGGUUAAACUUUCUAGUUUUGCCACUAUAAAUGAUUGCUAGCUGAUUCACUCUAGCAUUUUGAUCU